GAAAAAGAAAAUUAUUUUUUUUAUUUUUGUUUUUCCCUUUUGAUAGCUGUCUUGAUAAAGCUGGAUCAGUAGGUGAACAGCUCCGAUUCCAGCAGUGCAUUUCUAAAUCUACCUGAAAAUUGCAAAAAGGUUCCCAGAGCUACUGUUGGGAAAAAGUCUGUCUUGAGAUUUGCACACUGUGCUGCUGCAUAAAUGUUUUGCUUUUGUUAAAAACUACAUCUGAGGUUUCCAAACAGGUCUGUCUUCAAAUCCAUUUAUUUGCCUUCUACAGAUUCGAGAGCACUUUAGCAUCUCCUUGGGUGCUUCCCUCUUUCUUCAAUUAGCUCCAACAAGCAUCAUGAGGUUUCUAAGUAGUUCUACCACACCUUUUGAUGCCUCCGAAGAAGAAGUAUACCCACAAGGCCAGGAAGGCAGAGCUGGUUUUUCUUGAGAGGCCGUGGGCAGGACCCACCCAUUGUUAUGAAAAUCCACUGCAUUCGGCUGAGAAUCCCAGAUGUGUGCCUACAAAACCUGUGGACCGGAAUACUUCUGCUGCCUGGGUGUGCCCACAGUUUGACACAACAAAGUCAGUGGUGUUGAAAGUAUGCCAGAAGAAGCAUCGUGGUCCUCACAAGCCCUAUAAUCAGAAUGCCAACCACAGUUCAUUUCACGCAGGAGGAGCUUGCGAAAGAUUUCCUCCUUUAACUUUUGAGAAUCCAGAAGGACAUGCAGUCCCUCUGUUGGAUGAUCCAAAUCGCUUGAGAAAGAAUGCACAAUGCUCUCACAACCAGCCUAAGAAAGGGUUAGCAGCAAACGCCAACUUUCAGGUGAAGAGUCCAGAGAACUGUGGACAGCCUGCUCCCCAGCCUGUGGAGCAAGAAGUCCUUUGUCCACCAGAUGCAGAGGCUGCACAGGCUCCUUCCCCAAGGAACGUGAGAUGCAGCAACACUCCACCACAAAGUAGUCAUGCCUGGCAUCCAGAGAAUGAGUUGGCAUUUGGUAUGGAUCCCUGUGAGAGAGGGGAGGCGGCAGCAGUACUGGUUACGGAUACUCCCGAGCACGAGUAUGGAGUAAAGGUCACCUGGAGACGGCGGCCUCACAUAAUGAAGUACCUGCGGGAGCAAGGGAAGCUGAGCGCUGCGGACAUCCUGGUGAAGGCAGACAUGGAGCUCUCGAGGGGACAGGCCCACUCCUGACCUGGCGGGAGCAGCCGCUCUGCUGCGUGCAAGAACACGCUCGAACAGACGAUGGCAGCUCGGGGGCUGAAGAGGGGACGUGAUUUCAGCCAGGCCCUCUACUGCGCCUGGCAGAGCCUCUGAGGAACGCCGGGGAGGGUCUUGGCGACUGGGGGAUGUCUUUUGGAGUGGUCUUCCCGGGGGAGGUGGCUACGGGAAGGGCUUUGUGCCCCACGCGGUUCCCGCCGGGGGCUCCUCGGUCCCGGCGGAGGCGGCGGGCGGCUCCCGCGGAGAGGGAC